AUGGCGCUCAAGGACAUGACCUCCGACCUGAAGAAGCUCGAUUCUCACAUCGACUCUCUUGAGGAUGCCAAGAUGUAUGCUCUGACUGCCUAUGCUAUCGAGACUCUUCUCUUCUCAUCACUCCGUCUCCAAGGCGUCGACGCCAAGGACCACCAGGUCAUGACAGAACUGAAGCGCGUGCAACAGUACUUUGGCAAGAUCAAGGGUGCAGAGGAGACACCCGCUCAGCGCACAACAACGGUCAACACGGAAGCCGCGACGCGCAUUCUCAAAGCGGACCUUGGAAGUAACGACCAGACGCUGAAGAAGAGGCUGGAGGAGAAACUUGCCGAGGAGCGCGCCAAGGCGCUGCUCAACUCGAUGCAGAAGACCAAGAGGCCGGCUCCCGAGUCGCCGUCCCCCAGCUCCUCUGGCCCGGAGAAGAAGCAGAGGAACUCAAGAAGGAAGAGCUCCAACAAGAACAAGUCUUGAGAGCGGAAUUCCGUAAAGACCUUGAUGAACGUCCACAAUCCCGCUUACACAAAAGAUUUUCGUUUGGCUGUCACGGGACAUGGGGGAAGAAUCGCCGAAACAGUUAGACGCCUCCGAGCCACGAGAGAUACUGCCAGUUGGAGGUGCGCGUGGCUGUAUGACACCAUGGUAGGCACAUUGAAGAUCACAGCCGACCUUACUGC